GGCUCCGCCGCCCGGACACCCUCGGGGACGGCACGUUUGUCCCGGCCGUGCCCUCGGGCUGUGGAGAGCCGGGAAUAAAUCCCAGCGGGCCCGUGGCGGGACGCCCGCAGCCGCCUUCCCCCGCAGCCAUGCCUGAGGGGGGUGACGGCGGCGACCGGCGCUGCCUGAGGGGACAGGCUGCUCCCGGGGCGUCGGAGCUCGCCUAGCGAUUUAGGCGGGAGGAGCGUGUCCGCCGUGCCCGUGAGGGGAGCGCGGCGCGCAGGGACAGCGGGGACGCCGGGACUCCGGCGGCGUGGGCUGAAACGAGACCCCGGCGGCCCGCAGCGCGGAGUGGUUGCAUCUGACGAAAACUCGCCAUGGGUUCCCCUGUGCCCGUCUUCAUCGGCGCCGAGGAGGUGGAGAAGCACCUACACCGCGCCAGCCUCCUGCUCCCGGCGCUGGAGGCCGCUCUGGCCAACUUCUCGGCCGGCGCGGCCGGAGGCGUCGUGCAGCCCGUGCGCACCGUGGUGCCGGUGCACCGGCACGGCGGGUUCCUGGGAGUCAUGCCUGCUUACAGUGCUGUAGAUGAUGCUCUGACAACCAAGCUGGUGACUUUUUAUGAGCACAUGAAGGAUUCCUCUGUCCCUUCUCACCAAGCUACCAUCCUUUUGUUUGACCCGAGAAAUGGUUCUUUAAAAGCUGUCCUAGAUGGCAGUGUCAUUACAGCAAAACGAACAGCUGCAGUGUCUGCAAUUGCCACCAAGUUGUUAAUGCCAGCUUUUGCAGAAGUGCUGUGCAUUUUGGGAGCUGGUGUCCAAGCAUACAGCCAUUAUGAUAUCUUCACAGAGCUGUUCACAUUUAAAGAGAUCAGGAUAUGGAAUCACACCAAAGAGAAGGCAGUGAAGUUUGCUAAUUCAGUUAAUGGGCCAGUGCAGGUCUGCUCUUCUGCUCAGGAGGCAGUUACUGGGGCUGAUGUCAUUAUAACAGUCACGAUGGCAACAACACCAAUUUUAUUUGGAGAGUGGGUAAAACCAGGUGCCCAUAUCAAUGCUGUUGGAGCAAGCAGGCCAGACUGGAGAGAACUGGAUGAUGAACUGAUGAAGAAUUCUGUUCUGUUUGUGGAUUCCAGAGAGGCUGCUCUUACAGAAUCAGGAGAUGUUAUAUUGUCAGGGGCAGAGAUUUUUGCUGAGCUGGGAGAGGUAGUGAAGGGAACAAAACCAGCCCUGCCUGAGAAAACAACAGUGUUUAAAUCACUGGGUAUGGCAGUCGAAGACACAGUAGCAGCAAAAUUUGUUUAUGACUCGUGGUCAGCUGGCAACUAAAGAGAAGUCUACAAUGCCAAUGGGGCCAAGAAAAUUGUUUGCACUUAGUUUCCUUGGAUCUUUUGUUACAAGAAAAGUACCAAUCAUAUCUGAAUGAGGCACUUCUAGAACAUUCAGGAAUGAAAAAUAACAUUUCAGCUUUAGACUAUUUUCUACAGUUUUCUAAUGGCAAGUAUUAGGUACCUGCAGUAUUACUAAUAAAUAUAUCUUAUGUAAUGGCAAAUCUUAGAUGUUUGCAGUGAUACUAAUGAGGGUAUUUUCACAUAUUUUUAUAUAAUUCUGGAAUCAAUGCCUUUCUUCCCUGAUUAUUUAUGUAGCAAAAGUCUGUAGGUAGAUUUUGUGGUUUUAGAGAAGUAAUUCAUACUGGAACAAAAUAUGUGUUUGAAAAAUGGAUUGUGACAUUGUAUUUACCUAUGAUGGUACUUGAAAUACGUUUGAUGGUUUCAGUGCUAUGCUGACUUAGUCUCUCCUGAGUAAACAACCCACCUCAGAAUCCUGGACACUCCUUCUCUUCCAACUCAGACUGGAUCUGGAAGUCACCAUCCUUACUUUUACCCUCCACGAUUCCCAUUUUCUGCCCUCAGACCCAAUGCUUCUUCAUUUAAGAGCACUCUGCAGAAUGACGAUUUGUAUAAAUCAUGAUGCCUCCAUACAGUUCUGUUUCUUUUUGUAAAAGACCUGACUCAGGAAGAGCUAGAAUGCAAAAAAUCAAGGCUAAUAUGUCCAUUUUAACUGUGAGGAGACUAUACUUAAUACGUGUCUUAGCACACUUCUGAGUGGUAUAUUGCCACCUUUGUAUUUCAAGGAGUCACACAAAAUAUGACCAGUAAAAUGUGUUUUGCUGUAGCUUUAUCUGUAUUCUGUGGGGAGAUAUUGUUGUUAAUCUCUGGUGUUUAAGUUCUUUUUCUAAGCUUAUUGAGGAUUGGAACUGUGCAAACCGAUUCCAGUAGGAUAAAUUUCCAAGUGUACAGGCAAAUAUUUCUAGCUUGGCUGUACCAUGGAUCAAGUGGUAAUUGUUUUUUUUUAUCCCAGUGGGUAUUUGCUGGGGCAGGGAUUUCCAUGAUCUUUUCUUGGCAGAGGAACUCAGUGAUCUACAUAAAAAAAAGUUCCAGUUUUGUGCUGUUAAGCAACUGCCUUACAAAAAAGACUGAGCAUCUGCUGAAAAAUGGCUAUUGCCUGGGAGACAAUUUUUUUCUCAGGCUAGAUGUAUGCCUUACAAAAUUUCAUUUCUACUUAUGUUUUAUUUCAUGCAGGUUAUUGUUUCUUCACUCUGUGGAAGGAUUAGGCGAUGUUGUCAUUCUAUGUUGAUACCAGUAGAAUACAGAGGAGUUACAGGAAGGAGGUUCAGAAGCAGUUAGUAUUAAAGACCCUGAAGGAGUAUAAGUAAGUAUAGAAGAGGUUAAUGAGUACUGUGCAAGUGUGACAUUAAAAAAUACUCCAAAUUACAAGUCAGGAGUAAACUAGUUGGAGAAAAAGUAGUAAGUGGCAGAGAUUGUAGUUUGCAGAGUUAUAGCAUGAAAGAACAUCAGACCAGUAAGUGAACAGAGCCAAGGGAUGUGUUCAUGUGGACAGAAAUCUAACUGCAUUAUCUUGUUUAUAUCAGCAGAAAAAAACCCCAGAAUCUUCGCUAAAAGCUUUUGCAUUUUUAAUUGUAGCAAAAUUGCCCUUCUAUUUUUGCACCUGUUUUUUCUUUUUUUGUCAUUUUGGAAGUGUUCAUAAACAGAGCUGUUGACUUAGCCUGUUACUUCAGUGACAGAGAACUCCAGUAGCUUGAGACAAAAAGCAGUCAUCAAUGUUCCAUAAUCUUUGAACUGUAUGGAAACUUGCACUUACUACUUAGUACAAUAUUAUACCAGUUCUGUGUAAAGCAAAGGUUGUAAUUUGAAGUAAGUUAGUGUUUGGGAAGACAACAAAUAUGGUUUAUUUUCACAUGUACUCUUCUACAGACUAUGCACUUUAAAAGUAGAUGGAGCUAGUCCAAAAAUCUUGGUGUGAAAACCCAACAAUGUCCUCGGCUUUCACUGGAAAUAGGAGGUUCUGGGAGCCUGGCUUCAGCAUUGUACCUCAUAAUUCAUGAAGAGAAUUAGUAUAAUUUACUAUGGGAACUGCUUGGAUGCUAUCUUUAGUUGUUUCUGAGAGAAAAUAGCUUUAACUUCUGUAUUUCUUCUGCAUCUCUUACAAGUCAGUCUCAAGAAAUUGUGUAACUUACAUUUGUUAAAAUUAGAUAGACACUGAUGUCUUUCUUUGACUUUCAUUUUGUUGUCUGUUACUUUUGUUUUGGGUGGGUUUUGGGUUUGUGUGUUUUGGGUGUUUUUCUUUUUCUGAAGAUAAAGAAGAAAGCAUUCAAGUUGUUGCAGUGGCUACUCUCAGUAAAUGUGAUCACUGAAUGUGUAGGGUAGAAAAAUUGAGUAUGUUCUGCUUUACUGUGCUACUCAGUUUUGGAGUCUUCAUCCAAUGCUACACAUGUUGUCCUCUUGAGGUCUGUCCAGUGCAGAGCAUUAAAUCCUCAAGGAAGAA